CCUCCUCCUGCCGCCGCUCCGCUCACCGAGACAACUCGGUGCCGCCGUUCUCGCCGCCGCCGCCGCCGCCGCCGCCUCCGCCGCCGCCGCCGCCGCCGCCGCCGCCUCGCGCCUUGCCUCCGUCACCGCCGCCCUCCAUCUCGCAGCGGCGCGUCCCUCUGAUGGCGCGGGCUCCUCGCUCGUUGGCGCCUCGCGCCCUCGCCGCCGCCCCCCCUCUCGCCGCCGCUCCGCUCGUGGCCGCCCCAUCCCCUGUCAAUCCCGCCGCCUCCCCUGCCAAUCCCCCGCACCACCGCCGCCACCGCCUCGCGCGUUUAGCGGGCCUUUAAGCUUAG